GAAGAAUUGUGGAUACACACUAAUAGAUGAUGCAAUGAGAGAAAUAUACACAGCAGUAGCUUAUGAUCAUAACAAAUUGAAAUCAUUUGUUAAGAUAUUAUGUAAAACAGAAGACGCUGUCAAUAUGGCCGAUGAUUUACUACAGGAUAUUGAGAAAGUUAUAGUGACUGAAAGUUUGACUGAUAGUACUAAUGAGCCUGUAACUGACCAAGCAACUGUACCUACUUCAGGUAAUAUUUCAAGGCCUCAAACAGAAAUUCAACUUUAUAUUACACAAAUCUAUAAUGAUUGCUUUGACAAAAUGACAUGGAAUUAUGGGUCAUUUUAUUUUAAAGUUACUCGAUUGGUAUCCACUAAUAGCACUAUAGACCAGCUUGAAGAUUUCAAAGAAUACAUUAGUUAUUGUUGCUCUGACCUGAGCCCACAACUAGUCAUGGCUACCACAGUUAAGGAUGUCAUGAAAGUUGUCAAAACAAAAUGCAAUGUCAUCAAUAUUGCACCAGUAGAGGAAGUAGUCAGCUUCUACAGUAUAACAGAAGCUAAUCCAUUGAUAUCUGAUUAUAAGGCAACACUUGAUGAGUUCUGCCACACUUUCAAACUUCAAUUCUUAAAUAAUAAAAAGCUUUCAACAGACAAUUUUCUUGUUUGUGAAACAAUUGAGUUUGUUCUAGACUGGGAUCCUGCUGAGCACUUAUUGAAUGAUAUUCGUCGUUUAAUGGAGAAAGCAUUCCAGGGAUUGAGCAGAAGGAUCAUAGUCAAAAGCAUGCAUAAAGGGAACUCCAUCGUUAUCAUUUGUGGUGCUCCUACUCAUCUAAUGAAUGCUUUGCAAUUGAGGGCUCGUGAUAAUCUUACUGUGCUGCAAGAAGAAUUUGCUUUGAUGCGAUUGAAAAUAGGACACUGCACUGUCUAUGAUAGGACCAUCAGAAACAAAGAGCUAAAGAUUGUUGCAGAGGAAAUUGAAUUGUGUGAAGGAGAAUUAGUAAAAAUGAAUUCAUAAAGAAAGUAAUUUGCUAAUCAAAUCAGUGUAUGUGUAUGCAGGUCUACAUACUAAUCAAGCAGUACAAGAAUUUAUCAAUAGUAGAAUGCAGGCAUCAGAUUUUAAAUCUAAAGUCAAACAAAUUGAAAGAGAAAAGGCUGCAAACACAAAAAAGCGAAUGUUACUAAAAGAAAAUGAGCAUUUACAAUCUACUCUGAGGAUCAGAAUAAGUCGAAAGGAAGUACUACAAGACAAUGAAAAAGAGAUCGAGGAAUUACAGGAAAGUAUAUCAUCUAUUAGUGUAAAAUUGCUGAAAAUGCAAACUUACCGUAAAUAUCUUUAUUUUAAUGUAACACUUUUUAUUCAAUCAACACACAAAAUAGAAAAAGCCACACAGACUGUACUAUCAUCCAAUGGAUCUAUCUGUGAAGCUCAAGAUGAUUAUAAUGACCCAGUUAUUUCAUUCAAAAAGGAUGAAUUACUACAGUUAAGUACAAAUGGACACAAGGAGUUACAUUCAUUAAGGAUGCCAACAUCAGAGCAAAAAUUGUUUGUUGCUAGUUGUAAUGUCCAAGCAUUAAAGCUAGGAGACUUAACUAUUAAAAAAGGAGAAGUACUCGAAGUUGUUAAAUAUGUUGAAGAUGGUGAUUGGUGGUAUAUGCAUUCACUUCAUACAGACAAUAAUGGCUGUGUCCCAGUUAAAUACAUGAUACCAAUUAAAGGAGAACUAUCAAAAAUGUACUACAAGUACAUCUACUAUCAUACAGUGAGUCGUAAUGAAGCAAAGGAGAGACUGAGUCAAGCAGACACUCAAGCAGGUACUUUCCUAAUUAGAGAUAGUGAAAGCAAUCCUAGACAGCACACCCUUUCACUUAAUGAUGGAUUCACUAUCAUGCACUAUCAAAUAAAUAGUGAGAACAAUAAAUAUUAUAUAAACCCUCAUAUUCAGUUUAACUCACUCAAUGACCUGGUACAUCACUACAUGAUGAAAGCUGAUGGUCUGACCUGCUCCUUAAAAGUUCCUAUACCCAAACAAGCAAACAUACCCAUUGCAAUAAAUAAAGAGUGGGAAAAGAAAAGGAUUUCAAUCAAUUUAUCAAAGUGCACAAAUGUAGGACACUUUGGAGAGACAUGGGAGGGUAAUUGUAAAGGUAAAGGGCCAGUUAUUGUUAAGACAAAUGUAUCAGCAAAUAUUACACAAGAAACAUUUUUUCAACAAGCAAACACAUUGAUAAACCUCCAGCAUAAAAACAUCAUCAGUUUAUAUGGUGUUUGUACUGAAAGCUAUCCUUUUUACAUUAUAACAGAAUCAAUGAAUGGAAAUCUCAAAGAUUACCUAACUUCAUAUAAUCCUACACCAGCAGAGUUGGUAGAUAUCGCUAUUCAAGUCACUGAUGGCAUGAUGUAUCUAGGAGAACAAGAUUACAUUCAUUGCAGUCUAAAAGCUGCCAAUAUACUAUUAGGAGAUCAUAACACUGUCAAGAUAGCAAACUUUCAUCUUGCUCAACACCUCAAUGGCAAUAAAUACUGGACUGUUGAGGAAGGAGCUAAGCUAGCUAUAAGAUGGCCAGCACCUGAAUUUUAUACUUUAAAACGAUUAAGUAUUAAAUCUGAUGUUUGGUCAUUUGGUAUAUUACUAUGGGAAAUGGUUACCAAAGGAGAUGUAUACCCUGGCAUAACUACAAAUGAGGUACGUGAAUUAGUAUCAAAAGGCGAUUGUAUAUACAUACCAAGAGGUUGUCUUGAACCAUUUGAUCAACUUAUGAUAAACUGCCGAAAACAUAAGGAUUAUGAGAGGCCAAGCUUUAAGAAUAUUUUUGAUGUACUUAUCAAAUAUGAUACUCAUGAUACUUAAUAAAAUAUGCAUUUACAUGAACAUACAUUCUUACAACCUUAUCUACUUAAAACAAUCACUGCUUAUACAUAAUAUCCUUGUUUUGUAAAUUUAACAAUAAUUUGAGUGUGAACAUA